UGUUGUCCCUCCGUCAUCUACCUUGCCACCUUGCUUACAAAUGGCAACCGUUUGCGGAAAAACCCCAACCCAUAAGAAAAAAGAAAAAAAAGGAGAAAUGCAAAACAACCGACUGAGCUUUUACUUCAGCAGCCAUAAACCCUAGUAUCUCCUCUCACUGACUUCGAAGGUUAGCAAGCUGCUGAUUGCCGUCUGAGGAAGCCAUGGAGCAUUUGGUUAAACUUCCAGAGGGACUACCAUCAUUCACCCAUAUUUACCAUAAUGAUUUUGUUGGCCGAAAAUCAAAGAAGAUGAAGGAUGAUGAUGUGGCAAUUUGUUUCUGUAAAUAUGAUCCCAAUAACCCUGAAAGUGCUUGUGGAGAGGGGUGCUUAAAUGUCAUGACCAGCACAGAAUGCACACCUGGGCACUGCCCAUGUCAGGACCACUGCAAGAAUCAGAGAUUUCAAAAUUGUGAAUAUGCCAAAACCAAGUUGUUCCAAACUGAAGGCCGUGGAUGGGGUCUUUUAGCUGAUGAAGAUAUUAAGGCUGGACAAUUCAUUAUUGAAUAUUGUGGAGAGGUUAUCUCAUUGGAAGAAGCCAAGCGUAGAUCACAAAGUUAUGAAGCACAAGGUCUUAAGGAUGCAUAUAUAAUUUCUCUAAAUUCUAAUUAUUUCAUUGAUGCUACAAAGAAGGGGAGCCUUGCCAGGUUUAUAAAUCAUUCAUGCCUACCUAAUUGUGAGACAAGGAAAUGGACAGUGUUAGGGGAAACACGAGUGGGAAUAUUUGCAAAAGUAGAUAUAUCAUCUGGAACAGAGCUAUCAUACAAUUACAACUUUGAGUGGUAUGGUGGUGCCACUGUUCGCUGUCUGUGUGGGGCUGCUAACUGUUGUCUAUUUCUGGGUGCAAAAUCUCAGGGUUUCCAGGCAUAUAACCAUGUGUGGGAAGAGGGAGAUGACAGGUACAGAGUUGAGGAGGUUCCUCUUUAUGACUCUGCUGAAGAUGAGCCCUUUCCACGCAUCCCUGAAACCAUUAGCCCUUUCAAAUUUGAAUCUUUAGAUGGUCUGGAAGCUGAUUACUCCCAGAAAAUGGAAGUUGGUGAUGUGUUUGGACGAGAGUUGGAUUGUUCUAAUACUGUCAAGCUGCACAAUUCAGUUCAAGUUGGUGGCACGACAACGAAUACCGAGAAAGCAGAAGUGUUGGAGAGCGAAAAAUCGAAGGAACAAGACAUGCAACAGGCCUUUUAUCAGACAAGUGCAGUCUUAUCUGGACUUCGAAGUAAUACUGCUUCUCAGAAUUUCAAUGUCGGAUCAGGUUCGUCCCCAAAAAAGAGGUCACAGCGUUUACCCAAGCAAAAGAAAAGAUCUACUGGAGGAAAGCAAUCCAAUACAAAAAAUAUUCCUGAUCUGUUUCCAUCAAAGGAAGCACAGGAAGAAGUGCGCAAAUAUGAGGAAAUGAAGAACCAAGCUGCUGCCAAUCUCAAAUCCGUAUAUGAUGAAAUACGUCCUGCCAUCGAAAUCCAUGAGAGGGACGGCCAGGACAAUGUUCCUCCUAGUGUAGGAACGAAGUGGGUUGGAGCACACUGCGCAAAAUAUAAAGCUGAUCUUAACUUUAGUGCUUCUGUUAUAAAGAACUUUCUGGAUAUUGCUCAAAAGGGUGGUAGUGGAUCAAAGGCUGGUACUGGACCCAAGGCUUCGGGAAGUGGAGACCCUCGGAAAGAAUGAAGCAUCAUUGUGCAGGUGCUAAAGAAUGUAUUGGAAACAAAUAUAAAUUUAUGAAAAGAAAAGGUCCAUUAGGGAUUUGAAUUCUGUAAUAUUUUUAAGUAUUUUGAAGUUUGAGUUGAGAACUUGGUUAUUUAACUUGAAAUAAUGUUGCUAUAGAUUUUCCAAGUUUAGUUUGCUUAGCAUUCCUUCUGUUGGCUUGGAGUCAUUUUGUUGGUACU